GCAAACACCGCUGGUGUACACCCUACCAUACGCUGUGGCUUAUACCUGUGCAUUAUCAAUUCAGUUUCAACAAACGAUCAUUUAGCUUGUAUAAGCUAAGAAGUACCACAGCACAGGUGAAUCUUCAAAAAAGCAUAAAAUGGGUAGUGAAGUUUCAAGCCCACAAGGACAAGAAGAGCAGCAUUCUGAUCACAAUGAAGUUGCAGAGGAAGGCUCUAAUAAUACAGCUGUGACUGAUGGCACCAGCAAACUGCAAGAUUUACAAACUGCUACCAGGGAAAACCAAAAUAAAGCUGCAAGCAAAAACUUUAUGAAGGAAGAGACUGUGGAUCUGUCAUCCCAAAAUACAACAGAGACAAGCCCUGUUGCUGAUGCAGACGGAAAGGAUAUUGGGAAGGAUGCCAGUAAGACUACACCAGCUGCAAAAUCUCUUUUCUCACUUUCAUUCUCUCGAAGUGUACCAAGCCGUACUGAGAACCAGAAAGCAGAUUUGUCUCUUGAAUCAUCUGCAGCUGAGUCCAACUCCAGCCAUCCUUCAGAGUCCAAAGUUUCAGCCAAACAAGUGAAGCUUCCGGAAACAUCUGUUCAGAAGCUGCAGAACAACACCCAAGCAAUCCCCAGUCCGGUUGAACCCCCUAUUGCCAGAAUACCAGAGGUUGAAGACACAUCACCAAAAACAAAAACAACCAGCUUUUUUGAUACACUGUUUAAAAGCAGUAAAGACCAAGAAAAGAAUAAGGAACAAAGCAGUCAGCAAGAAGUAACCGCUUCAGAGAGUCUGUCUCCUGCAGAGGAGGUCAAACUUCCAAAAUACAGAUCACAUGGGUUUCACAAGUCGGGACUGGAUGAUGAUAAAGUUGAUUCUGUAACACCUGCAGUUUCUGCCAGUGUAUCUUUGAGUUCAUCUGCUGAUCCAGCCUUCAAAGACGAUUCCAAGGAAUUGGGAAAUAAUAAACAACAAGAAAACAGCAAGACUCAGUCUCCAACUGAACAGUCUCCCAUCAUGAGCUUCUUUAAAACACUUGGGAAGAGCAAGGAGGUCCACAGUAAGGAAAGUGAAGCCGAACCAAAGUCUUCUGCUGAGGAGAAAGGACAGAGUGUUCCACCAUCAAAGGACCAGGUACAAGCUGAUGGAUCAAAACAUUUAGAGACCUCUGCUAAGGGAAAGGAAGAAAAAGAAUCUAGCCAGCGUCUCUUUAGCAAACAUUUCAAGCAAAAGGCUGCAAAGGAACAAGCAGACACUACAGUGAAUGGGAAAUCAGAGAAAGAAACAUUACCAGCACAGAUCGUGGAGCCACCCAAACAGGAUGUGAAACCGAACGUUGUUGCUCCUCAGCAAGAAACAGCUGCACAGCUGGAACCUAAGAAUGAGUCCACCCCAGCCAGUGAGCAGGAAUCAUCCUCAGCCCAGAAAUCGAAGGAGCCUGAACAGAAUCCAUUCACCAAGCUCUUCAAGAUAAAGGAUCGAUCAGAGUCCUCGCCAGCAGCAAGCUCAGAGGUGAAAUCCACAGAAGUGGAAUCUGCAUCAGAUGCAUUGUCGCCAAGUAAAGAUGAGAGCAAAAAUCUAGAUCUGUCUCAGAAAGAAAAAGGAAAGCAACCAGAAACCCAGGAAAAUAAACCAGCAAAGAUGAGCUUCAUAUCAUUUUUCCAACAACUAUCUCCCAGAGAUGAAGUACAGACCCCCACUGCAACAGAUGCAAAUGAGAAAGAUCCUGGAAGUGAAAAACUAGACUUCACAGAUGGGAAGAGCAGUAAGGGAAUCGAAGCUGCAGAAAAGAAAGAUGUUCCUCCUACUGUGGAAAGUUCACCAUCAAUUCAGAAAGGAAAAGGCAAGGUGAAAGAUACAAAGAAGGCAGCUCCAGAAAAGAACCAGCAAAAUGAUAAACAAGAAGCAAAACAAAACCAAGGGACCCCUGCCACACUGCAAGUGCAGGUCCAGGCAACAGGCCCAGAAUCAAUAACAGAUGGUGAAGAAGAUGCUUCUAAGAAGGUAGACAAGAAACCAUCAUUCACCUUCUUCAAAGCCAAGGCUGCAAAAGAACAAGCAGACAGUACAGUGAAUGGCAAAUCAGAGAAAGAAACGUUACCAGCACAGAUCAUGGAGCCACCCAAACAGGAUGUCAAACCGAUCAUUGUUGCUCCUCAGCAAGAAACAGCUGCACAGCUGGAACCUAAGAAUGAGUCCGCCCCAACCAAUGAGCAGGAAUCAUCCUCAGCCCAGAAAUCGAAGGAGCCUGAACAGAAUAUUUUCACCAAGCUGUUCAAGAUAAAGGAUCGCUCAGAGUCUGCACCAGCAGCAAGCACUGAUAUAAAAUCCCUAGAUGUGGAAUUUGCAACAGAUGCAUUAUCAUCAACGAAAGAGAGGAGCAAAAGCCAGACACAAGAUCCCACUCCGAAUGAAAAAGGAAAAGAACCAGAAACAGAUGGAAAUAAAUCAGCGAAGAUGAGCCUGAUGUCAUUUUUUAGGCAACUGUCUGUCAGAGAUGAAGUACAGAGCCCCUCUUCAACAGAUGCAAAUGAGAAAGAUCCUGGAAGUGAAAAAUUAGACUUCGCAGAUGGGAAGAAUACUAAGGGAGUCGAAGAUACAGAAAAGAAAGAUGUACCUUCUGGUGUAGAAAGCUCACCCACAAAUCAGAAAGGUAAAGGCAAGACCAAAGAUGCAAAAAAGGCUGCUGUAGAAAAGAGCCAACAGAAUGAUAAGCAAGAAGGAAAGCCAAACCAAGACAUUCAUUCUUCAUUGCAAGAAGAGGAAACAGAGCCAGAAAAGAAACCAUCAUUUGCCAGUCUCUUCAAAGCCCGGUCUGUGAAGAAGGCUUCUGAUGUUUAAGCACAAACAGAUCAGUGACCAUCCUGCCUGCUGCGAAAUCCAAAGUGUGAAUAUGUCAAUCAAGAAUCAGAGUGAAGAGGAAGAUCAUGUGCUGAUGCUACAAAAGUUAAAUGGCUUAAAGCCAGACCCAGACAAACAGACUGUAUGCCUUAAUAUUAAUGGCAAAAAAGUACAUCCCAAAAUAAGGGUAUUCACAUCAUUAGAAAAAGAAAAAGAGUUAUGGCUUGAAUUAGAAAAACAGUUGUGUGGCUUCUGGAGGUAAAUAAACCCAUCUAAUGUAGUAGCAGAGAAAUUAAAUGCAGUUUGUAAAUUUGUAGACUGAAGUCAGUCACUGCUCAUUUAUACUAAAAGAGUGAAACUUGUCUAUGGGAGACCACCCUUAUGGCUAGUAAAUUGCUCGUUAAGGAACAUUCUUGCUGAGGAAUAAUUACAUUUUGAAUAGUCAUUAUAAGCUUUUACUAAUGAGGAAUCACACUCACUGUUGAUGAAUGCUGUAGAGAUCUAAUGUACAUAUAACAGUAAUACAAAUGUGUGUCCAUUUGUAGCAUAUUGUGAUGUCAUCAAAGAACAGCUGUGGAAACUGAUGGCUGAGUUCAGGUUGAUCCUUGAUGACAUCACAAUGCUGUAUAUGUAACAGCUGCAUUGCAAAGUAUUUACCAAUUAUUUUGUGUUUGCUUUGCUUGGUAAAUUUUAUUACAGACAGUUGUUGGAAGAUACUUUUUUCUGCCUAUGGUGUAUGUACUCUCUUUAAAAAGAUCUCCAGUUAUUUUUAAUUAUGCCUGUUGCAUUUCUAAUUUUCUCACACCUGCUCUAGAUUUUCCUGUUUUAAAGUUUUUUUAUUUCCUUCUCCAGAUUAAGUAUGUGCCUUGAUCUCCAGAGUAAUGCAAAUGCUUGUUAACAAACUUUGCAUCUUUGUCUGUAAUUCUCCAAGGACAAGGCACAGAUACAGAAGCACGACAACAUGGAAUGCAUACAGUGCAUGUUCACCUUUGUAUUAUGUACUUAACAUGAAGCACAAUAUACAUCUUUUUAUGCCAGAAUUUCGGUCAUUCUUUAGUGUAUUCUCUGCACCUUAGUCGGUCAUCUAGAACCCGGUGUUUAUUUUGUUCCAAUCAUUUGUACCAUACAAAAAUGAAAGUAUACCUGCAGCACCCAUGGUUCUCAAUCAUUACUGUCGCAUUACUGGAGUAGCUGCUAAACAGAUCCCUAUAUCGUCCUAUAGCUAAAAAAAAAGUUUUCUUACUGCUUUUAUUCAAAUUAUAUAUUUAUGUUUGUCUUUGUGUCUGAUUGCAAUGAAAAGUUCUGGUAUACCUCAUUUCACUUAUCUUGUUAACAAAACUGUAAAUCUAUCUGUAUGCCUGCCUAUCUGUCUGGUUAUCUGUUUACUUGCUAAAUGCACUGAUUACAUUGCUCCAUAAGCCAUCUUAUUUGAGGCAUUUGAAGGUACACCUUAGAUAUUUAUGCCCUCUAUGUGUCCGUUCUUUGAUCAUUAAGUGGUAAUGUGAGUCAUGCAGCAGUAUGCUGUUAGGGUAGCAAAGUAACAUGCUCCUGCACUUCCACAUCUAUGGGCACAAAACUGUACACUGCCAGAACACCAACUUAUUCAUUCUCUUCCACUUUCAGUUCAGUCUUUUGAAUCCUUUUUGAUUGCCAUCUUUUAAUUUUUCAUGUUUUGUUGUUGUUAAAUACAGCUGUUAACAGCUAUUAUACAUCUACGGUAUACUUGUUUACAAUAUUGUUACUCAAACGUUUCUUGGUCUCUCUGGUUCAUGUAUCUUUCUGAAGAGUCUCUAAAAAUGUGUGACUCAGCAAAUGUGUCCAGUAUAAGUAAUGACUGCCAGUUAUUGCAGAGUCAUAAGUAACAGAAGGGUGUUUCCAGAUGCUCAUGGAUCAUGUACCUAGUAACUUCUGAUAAGUGUUCUCGUUACAACAGUAACAGUUUAUAUUACUUUGUACAUUUCACCUAAGGACCGUAGGAGCAUAGGCACUGACAGUACCAGUGAUCAAGAGACCUUUGUAGUUUGUCUGGUCAUUCUUCUUGUUCUGGUUAUCAACUGGGCUCUAUAGUCUAUAUCUGAGUUACAAAGGUUGAACAUUAUAUUAAGUUAUUUUUGGCAUGAAGCUGUAAUGUGGAAAAUAUUUCCAUGAUUUUAUAAAGUAGCCAGAUGUUCCUGUUUCUUGUAUGGUACAUUUAUCUACUUUUGUGCGUUGGAUGGUUUUCUGUAUGAUCUAGUAGUGUAAUCUGAAAUGGUUCUGUUGCACAAACAUCUGCAAUGUACAUAUAUCUCACACUCUGUUUCUAAUGUUAUGAAUGUUACUAACGGCUGAUUAAGCAAAAAGAGGGCUCUGGAUCACACUAAUCCAUUAUGAGCUAGUGGUCAAGAUGGUCAUAAUUAUGAAUAUAUAUAUAUAUAUAUAUAUAUAUAUAUAUAUAUACAUACAUACACAUAAACUCUCACACUCCAGUCAUUGUGUAAUUUCAUUUCUUACUUUUAGCCCUCUUGAACAGAAAACACAAGCUCACAAAAAAAAAAAAAAAAAACAUGCAUUGGUUAUAAGAAAGACUAAAUAACUGUAUUUUACUAUUUUGCAUACUGCAGGGGAAAAAUGAAAUAUAAACUUUAAGGACAUGACCUCCUUGAAUGCAGUCUCUUCAAAAGAUGAGUUUCUCAGUUUGCUGUAAAUUGUAAAUAUAAACUAUAUUAAGCUAAUAUAUAAAUGCAUAUCUUGCUAUAUAGCUGUAAUAAAACAUGUAAAAGUUUAAAUUCUUUAUUCUUAAGAGCCUUGAUUGAAGAAGUUUAUCAAAAAAAGUGCUUCACUUUUAUGCCCUGCAGAUAUAAAUUAUGUGCACUUAGGAGGGUUACUAGGAAUGGUUUAUUAAAUAUUCCAUAAGUGGUACUCUAUGAUAAAUGUUUAAAAGAACUACUUAAUGUAUGGCUUAAUAAAUGAUGCAAUUGUUGGGAAAAUGUCAAGAUUAUAAACACAAUUUUCACAGAAUUAGGGCAUCUGAGAAACUGUAAUAAUAUUUGAAAAGCACUAGAGGGCACCAUCACUUCCUCCUGCAGUAAUUACUUUAUACUAACUGCCAGGGAGAUAAAUUGUUUAAUUUGUGUUUUUGGUGUAAGAUCAUCUGUUUCUAAGCAUUUUUGUUCUGCUUUGUUUUUAAAUUGGCUUUAUAAGUAUUUCAGGAAUAUAUUAAUUGCAAAAAAGUUAUUUAAUUCUAAAAUUACUAAAAUGCUCCAGUUUUAUAAGUGCAGGAAUUCAUUUAGUGUUUUGACACAACUUCUGUAUUGGUUAUUGGUAUUGUAAAGCAAUAAAGGUUUAUUGUAUGUA